AUGAUAGAGCGGACGACUCGUUCCGUACCACCAAAAACAGCGACCACUGAUGACAAGAUGGCAACCGCAAGGGACUCAACCGACAAGUCGUUAAUAACGUCUGCCUCAACGGCUGGGGCUCCAACUGCGCCGGCAAUAUCAUCAGCAGAAGCUCAAGGCGGAACAGCACUCAACCAAGCUGCUCCUUCUCUGAACACUAGUGUGCCUAAAGCAAUUGAGGCCGAAGCUCAAAACCGACAAGGUCCUGCUCCGCUAGCCAUGCCUACUACGACGCCAGUAUCACGUGCUUUACUAAGGUCAGAUAUGACGAUUUCCGGACAGUCUUCCGUUGAUACGAGUGUCAGAUCGUCCAAAAUGACAGGUGCAGAUAUUGUCGGUGGACCAGUGUCAGUAAGUGCAAUGCGACAAAAAAGCACACUCAAAACAUCUUCUUCUACUGCAACGGAAGCGCAAGCGAAAAGUGGUCCAAAAGCAACAAGGAAAGCUGCUUCAAAAACGCGAACUGCAACGCGAUCUGGAACGAGAAAGAAGAAGUCACGAUCCAUUUCGCCCAGGAGUCUCAGCAGCCAACCACUUUCAAACACAUCGAGUGAAGUAAGAUUUUAG